ACCGGUGGUGGCGGAGAUUUGUAAUGGUAAUGGUGCUUUGGCGGCGGCGGCGGAGAUUUGUAAAGGUAUGGCGGUGGAGGGGAAUGAACCGGAGGUGGCGGAGAAUUGUAGUGGUAAGGCGGUGGUGGGGAAUGAACCGGUGGGGGAGGGGACUUGUACUUAUAGGGAGGAGGUGGAGAGUGAACUGGGGGCGGCGGGGACUUGUACUGAUAGUGGUGGUGGUGUGGCGGUGGAGGGUGAGGUUUCACCGGAGUGGGCGGCGGCGGAGAUUUAUACAAGUAGUGGUGCGGGGGCGGCGGAGGAGAGUGGUAGGCAUAAUGAUCGAUUUCCGACGCGAAAGAGAGAGAAAGGAGAGAAAGAAGGAGUAGAUGGAAAAAGACCAUUUUAGGCUCCUUUAGUUUUGUGCCCAUUUUUAUGUGUUUGGCUUAAUCCUCCCUCCUUCCUUCCCAAACGCCCCCUUUUAUAGCCUCCAAAAAUUUAACCCCCACCGUCUCCAUUGACGACGACUUAUUUUCAUAUUUUAACCUCUAAAUAUUACUCACCAAAUAUGAUUCUAGAAUUUGUACUACUUAACCAGCUAACCCUAUUGUUUAAAAUAUACCGAGUAGCUUUUUUCAAUGUCAAACUCCAAAAAUCCUUUGAGUGGUAACUUAAAAAAAAUGGAUUUAUCUCAAUUUUUUAUAGCCAAUAAAUUAUGCAAAUACAG